UGCAGCCAAUAGUCUGUCUGUCUUGUAUCUUUUAGUCCUCCUAUACACCUCUUCACGUGUGGCUGAUAAGUUAACCAUCUCGGCUGCCCGAGGCCUCGACACACAGCCGACCCUUCCAUGGCCAGGGUACCAUGGGCUAUACUGCUACUGCUGGUCGUGACCCACCCCUGGGUGGCCCCAAUCUCCACCAGACACCUUUGUGGGUCCCACCUAGUAGAUGCGCUCUACUUUGUAUGUGGCGAUAGGGGCUUUUUCUACAACCCAAGACGAGUGAUCAAAAAACGGGAUUUGCAGCCCCUGCUUGGUUUCCUGAUUGAAAGGGCGUGGCUGGAGAAGAGGCCUGGGAAGGGCCCGUCAGGGGGUCACCCGACGACCAAGGUGAAGAGGGGCAUCGUGGAGCAGUGCUGCCACAGACCCUGCAGCUUUCGCCACCUGGAGGGGUACUGCGACUGACUGGAACC